UGAUGAGUCAGAGAUAUGAAUGGCCAUGUUUCAUCAUCCGUUGCUCAAAAGAAUAGGUAGAGAUAAUAAGGAAUAAGGAUUGCAAUUUGACUGUUACAAUAACUUACUUCAUCAACCAUGGCACUUGCUCAAGCUCAACCCUCUGCUUCUCUUCCUGUCUCUCUUCGAGAUGCACGUGUUUUCACAGCAAGAAACAACCCUGCAACAUCUGCUCAAUUUCCUAAACCAACUUUGGUUCCUGCUAGAGCAUCCUUUGCAACUGGUUCCCCACUAAUGAUCCGGAGCAAUCAUAAAAGGAAGUUAGCAUGCAAAGCAAUGCCAGUUUCGAUAAGAUGUGAGCAAAACACCAAGGAUGGGAAUGGUUUGGAUGUAUGGCUUGGCCGGGUAGCCAUGGUUGGUUUUGCAGUAGCCAUUACUGUUGAAAUUACUUCAGGAAAAGGACUCCUAGAGAUCGCGGUUCCUUCUCCUUCAAAUCCAACAACACUUUCUCAAGAUGUAGACCAUAUGACGGUGGUGCGAUGAGGCGCGGCCUCCACACCACCUCAGCUCCGGCGACGUGUUUCUCCUGCUGCUCCACCGACGUCCUUCAUCCUUUUCCGGCGGUUGCUUUAUAGAUCAACUUUCUUGCCGACGUCAGAUCCGGUGUGUCUUUUCGGAUCUGUUCAUUGGUUUUGGUGGUUGUGUCUUCUCGGAUCUGUUCUUCCGGCUUGCUGGGGUGGGUGGUGGUGCCGCCGUCGCUGGUGGCGUUUUGACAGGUUUAGCAGCACAUCUCACGGUGGAGCGGUUUGGUUCGUGGUGGCUUCCGGGAGGUUUUUUUGUGGGUGUUGGUGGAGGUUUUUCGUGGAGGACCUAGUGGUGCUUUCUUUUUACCAAACAUGCAGCUUGCUUCACAAUUUUGACAUCUUAAUGGAAUUGGGAUGCCAGAUUCCACCAUGAAUCCAAACAAUCUAAACCUUGUAUACAAUAAUCAAAUAUUAACCUACAUAUGUAGAUGCAAUUGAUGUUAA